AUGAUAUCACUGGAAAAAUAUAUGUAUCGUGCUCCAUCAUGCUAUAAAUCAUAUUAUGUAGAUAAUAACAAGGUUUGCAAUAUAAUAUUACAAUUAGCAACUCAGUGUGGUCCUUAUAAAGCUCAAGUGACUCAGUAUAUUAGAGAAUCUGGUAAGAGUAUAAGAAUAAAAUUACCCCGUAUAUUUCCUGAUGUUUCAAGUGAGUAUAGUGCAUGUGACUAUUUAUUCAGAGAAAUACUAAAUGAAGAAGUAGCUAAAGUUAAUCAAUUUUCAACUAUGAAACAUGAAGAAAUAUAUAGAGAAUUACUAAAAAUUGGAAAGAAAAUGAGAAUUGAGGGUAUAGAAAAAUUAGAAACAAUAAUGAAUAAAUUGGAUGAUAUUAAGAUUAUUAAACAAAAUUUAGAUAGUUUGGAACUUUUUUUAAAAGAAAUGGAAAAAUCACUUGAACAUCAAGGUAAUGAAAUAAUCCAUUUGGAUUUUUAUAUACGUACAAACUUUAAGAUUUUACUUAGAUUGGGGCAAUUUUUUGAUGUUAUGUUAGAUUCUACAACUAAUGUUUGGUUUCAAGCUCAUUUAACAAAGGAACCAUUUGUUGAUAUUAAUAUCGAUAUAUUAUUAGUUUUAUUAAGUGUAGCAUGGGGGAGAUAUAGGGAAUUAGAAUUUAUGAUAUUAAAUAUUGAUAAGGAGAAAAUAAUGUUUGAUAGACAAAAUAUGAGGAAUAGACCAAUCCAACUAUCAAGUAAUUCACAAGAUGAUAAAUCAUCAAAAUUAUGGAAACCACCAGAAACUUUUCUGCGGUGUACAACAAAAUAUUGGGUACAUCCAAAUAAUGUAGUUGCAGCAAAAGCGUGUAUAGUACGUUAUAUUCCAUAUUUAAUUUUUGGAAGAUCGAAUGAAGAAUUGGAAACUUUAUUGGAUCCUUAUAAAUGUGUGAAAAGUUGUGAAAUUGUGGAUCCAAAAAAAAUUGAAGAAAGUCAGGUUAUUACAUCAGUUUAUUUAGAUAAUAAAUCAACACAAUGUUAUUGGAAUAGAAUUAUAAGAUAUGAGAAGGCACAAUUACUUAGGUUACGUUGUUAUGGAUUUAACUCAGGUGCAAAAGAUAUGGAGAUAUUUAUUGAAAGAAAGACUCACCAUGAAAGUUGGACAGGUGAGAAAAGCACAAAGGAACGUUUUUCUUUACCUCAGAGUUAUGUUUUUCCAUAUUUGAAAGGUAAAUUAUCAAUUGAUUCACUUAUAAAUCAAAAAAUUUUUGAUAAAAAAUAUAUAACAGAAAAAACAGCAAAACUUGCUAAAGAAAUGCAAGAAUAUAUUGUUGAAAAUAACUUACAACCCUUUGUACGUACGUCAUAUUUACGUGCUGCAUUUCAACACCAAGAUAAUAAUCAGAUCAGAUUUUCUAUAGAUACAAAUCUAUGUAUGGUAAAUGAAUAUAUACCUAAUGGGCAUCAAAAUGAACCAUGGUGUCGUUUAGCAGAAGAAGUACUAUCAAAAAAUGAAGUUACACGUUUUCCUUAUGCAAUAUUAGAAGUGAAGUUACAAACAGAACAACCUAUUUGGGUCUCAGAGAUGUUAAAAAGGUGCAGUGCAACAUUAGUAUAUAAAUUUAGUAAAUUUCAGCAUGGUAUGGCUAUCUUACAUAAAGAUAAAGUACCAAUUUUACCACAUUGGGCUGAAGAUUUUGAAGAAGAGAAAUUUGGUUCUAAUUUUAAUAGUAAUGGUAAUCCAGAUUCUAAAAAAUAUAUUGAUAAGAAACAAAUGCAAUGUGAAAACUUUUUAUUUAUGAAUAGUGAUGAAUAUAGAAAAAGAAAUAAUCAGGGUAAUAUACUUAAUAUUGAAAAUCUUACAAAUUCUUACUCAAGUAUUCGAAUUUUUGAUGCACUAGGAUCUCAAAUACAAUGGAACAAUACAGUUGACGAUAUUGAAUAUAUUAGUGUACUUAAUUCACCUAAUAAUGUUGAUAAUAUGAUUUUUGAGAAAUCAAGGAGGAUAAAAAAAUUAGAUCCUAAGAGCUUAUUUGCAGCAGAAAGAGUCUUUUUAUAUUGGAUACAAAAAAGUUUAUAUGUACUAACAUUUACAAUAAUCUUACUAACAAAAACAGAUAAUAUAAUAGUCAUGAGUAAAUUUACGAAAUAUUUGGGAUACUUCCUUACUCCAGUUAUUGCAUUCAUGAUGUUUUAUGGUCUACAUAUAUAUAUUUAUAGAUGUAAAUCAAUUAAAAGACGUCUUGUGAGAUCCAAUGAACAGGAAGAAGAUAGAAUUGAUCAUCCAAAAGGUUCAAUUAUUAUUUUUUCAAUAAUUUGCUCUAUAUUAACUCUUUCUUUGUUCUGUUCAAUUUAUUGUGGAAUAAAUACAAUUAAAAGAUGA